UUACUCAUUGUUCUGAGUAUCAUCCUACCGCAGUUGAGGUGAGGCAGAGAGGACAAAGUAUAUCGUUGGUAAAGUCUGUUUGUGGACCUGCGUAGACUUUGGAAUAUUCGAAACAAUUUAUUGUAUUUUGACAGGUCUUCUCCUCCAUUGUUGUUGGUUUGAGCCCAGGAGGCCACCAUGGAAAUGCAGAUGGGCAAUGACGGGAGGGUGAAGGUGAAAGAGUGGCAGCAGACCUACUACGCCGGGGACUCUGGGAUCCAGUCAGGAGCCACCACAGUGAGGACCGAUGACGACGGGACCGAGUACAGCACCAAGCAGUACAGCACCGUCACCACCACCGUCGUCUCAGAGAACCCUGCUGAAGUGGAGUCUCAGUAUGCCCUGACCCGGGCCCAGCGUGUCCGGGCGGCCAUGUUCCCAGAGACUGUGAUGGAGGGCACGACCAUCCUGUCCACCCAGACUGACCCGUCCCAGAUGACCAAUGUCCAGCGGCUGGCUGAGCCCUCGCAGCUCCUCAAGACGGCCAUCGUCCACCUCAUCAACUACCAGGACGACGCCGAGCUGGCCACGCGCGCCAUCCCCGAGCUCACCAAGCUGCUCAAUGAUGAGGACCAGGUGGUAGUCAACAAAGCCUCCCUGAUCGUCAACCAGCUGACCCGCAAGGAGGCGUCUCGCCGGGCGCUGAUGGCGUCCCCCCAGAUGGUGGCGGCGGUGGUGCGGGCCAUGCAGAACACCGGGGACAUGGAGACAGCCCGGGCUACAGCCAGCAUCCUCCACAACCUGUCCCACCAGAGAGAGGGCCUGCUCUCCAUCUUCAAGUGCGGGGGCAUCCCUGCCCUGGUCCGCAUGCUCAGUUCUCCCAUGGAGUCUGUGCUGUUCUAUGCCAUCACCACCCUCCACAACCUGCUACUGCACCAGGAGGGAGCCAAGAUGGCGGUGCGCCUGGCCGACGGACUGCAGCGAAUGGUGCCUCUGCUGAAGAAGAGCAACCCCAAGUUCCUGGCCAUCACCACCGACUGCCUGCAGCUGCUGUCCUACGGCAACCAGGAGAGCAAGCUGAUCAUCCUGGCUAACAGUGGUCCGGAGGGCCUGGUCCACAUCAUGAGGAACUACAGCUAUGAGAAGCUCCUGUGGACCACCAGCCGCGUGCUCAAAGUUCUCUCUGUCUGCCCCAGCAACAAACCUGCCAUCGUGGAUGCUGGUGGGAUGCAGGCUCUGGGGAUGCACCUGACAGGCUCCAGUCAGCGUCUGAUGCAGAACUGUCUGUGGACCCUGAGGAACCUGUCUGACGCCGCCACGAAACAGGAGGGUCUGGACAGUCUCCUUCAGACUCUCGUUGGUCUCCUGAGCUCUGACGACGUCAACAUGCUCACCUGCUCCACUGGCAUCCUCUCCAACCUCACCUGCAACAACGCUCGCAACAAGGCCAUGGUCACCCAGGGCAACGGCAUCGAGGCGCUCAUCCACGCCGUCCUGAGGGCGGGAGAGAAGGAGGACGUGGCGGAGCCGGCCGUGUGCGCCCUGCGUCACCUGACGUCGCGCCACUCCGACGCCGAGGUGGCCCAGAAUGCCGUGCGCAUGCAUUAUGGCAUUCCCGCGAUCGUCAAGCUGCUCAACCAGCCCUACUACUGGCCUGUCAUCAAGGCUGUGGUUGGUCUGAUCCGUAACCUGGCACUGUGCCCAGACAACCAGACCCCUCUGAGAGACGCCGGGGCCAUCCCACGCCUGGUCAAUCUGCUGCUCAAAGCCCACCAGGACGCCCAGAAACACGGCUCCGCCGCACAGCAGACAUACCAGGAUGGCGUGAGGAUGGAGGAGAUCGUGGAGGGAUGCACAGGGGCCCUGCACAUCAUGGCCAGAGACCCCAUCAACAGGGGAGAGAUCGCCAGCAUGCAGACCAUCCCACUCUUUGUACAGCUGCUGUACUCUCCAGUGGAGAACGUGAAGCGCGUGUCAGCGGGGGCUCUGUGUGAGCUGGCCCUGGACAAGCAGUCUGCGGAGAUGAUCGACGCAGAGGGAGCCUCCGCGCCGCUCAUGGAGCUGCUGCACUCCAACAACGAGGGCAUCGCCACCUACGCAGCCGCCGUUCUCUUCCGCAUCUCCGAGGACAAGAACUCCGACUACAAGAAGCGUGUGUCCGUGGAGCUCACGCACUCCCUGUUCAAGCACGACCCCGCCGCUUGGGAAAUGGCCCACAACGCUGUCCCCAUGGAGGCAGGCUACGCAGCCGACGAGCUGGAUGCAGGCUACCCCCAUUAUGUAGACUACCCUGCUGACAUGCCCAUGGAAGGCGAGAUGGGGAUGUCCGAUGUCGAGUACCAGAACGGCGGCAUGAGGCAACCGGGAUAUGCUGAGCGCUAUUAGGACAACGGUCCGUGCAUACAGCCAAUAGACAAAUGUACACGCGCCCUUAUUGUCAAGCGCGCAGAUACACGAAAGACCGAGCAGCCUUUAGUUACAUGCACCUAUUAUUCUAAAAACAAGUCACACCACUUUUUAAAAAUAAAGAUGCUGUUCUCUCUACAUACCACUGAAGGGAGGAAGAAGCAAUCACACAGAACCUUCAAAUGGAGGGAUGUCAAUCGGUCUCCGCUCACCUCGAUGUAGUAUAUGCAAUUAUCACUGACUUGUGGGACUCCGAAUCUAACAGGGCUUGCCAUCUGUUUUCUAAGCAUAAUAUUGAUGAUGCACCGGUUUUUAGUCGAGGACGCUUCAAGGUUGUUGUGCGCUUUUCGGUGGGUAAUCGAUGCCAAAGAGAUUUUAUUUUGUGACGAUAAUCAUGUAGCUUCCUUUUUAAAUGUUUUUUUCAAAGCUAGUUGAAAACACUGCCAGAGGUGACUGGACAAUGUGUAUUGUACUGCUCACAUGCUUUCUUUCUGUGUAACGGUUUCUUUUAAUACUAUUUGCUGUUAACGUUUUUCCAACUGUGUUUCUCGAAAGUCUGCAUGAGUUAAUUCAUGAGCUAGUAAGGAGUUAAUACUGACUCAGUGGUGUAAUAUACUUAUAUUGACUCACAGUAGAAGGGAAGCCAAUAGGGGGAGUCUACUGGCCCUAAAUCAAGAACCUUAGGUGGAACGCUACUGACAGGGAAUUUGUCUUUCUACAGAAAAGGUUUUUACUUCAAUUUUUGUUUAAGAAAAUAAAGAAUAUAUUAAAGUACA